GAUAGAGAGAAACUCAGAGAAAGAGAGAGAGAGAGAGAGAGAUAGAAGCAAUUGUGAGAUGAGAAAAAGAAACAUGGCGGUCUGCAUGUUCUGGCUUCUCACAUACGUGGGUCAGGGGUUGGAUCUGGCGGUAGGCAAUCGGCCGGCGAUCGUAGUGCAGAGCACACAGGGACUGGACUACCGUCACGGAGGUAAUGGCAUUAGGAAGAAGAGCGAGCCGGUAGGUGGUAACCUGUUGCAGUUCAGGAUAUACCCAUCCGACGGCUCCUACCGGGACGACCUGUCGAAUUGGUUGGUCAUCAACGACGAGCCGCGGAUAUCCUCGUGGUCCCCGGCAGGCAUACUGAUCGACGACAUGGUGAAGGAGCCGCGCGAGCUCCAGUCGGUGUUCUUUGCCCUGUCGCCCGCCGUCCUGAACGUCCUUUACUCCGACUACAUGACGUCGCAGACGUCCGUCGCCGUCGAGCCGAUCGUUCACGAGGACGGCAAUUCACAUCUAAACGGCGGCCGACCGUGGCAGCAGCAGCAGCAUCAACGCGCCAAGAAGCGGCGCAUGCUCGGCUGCAGGCAUCCCACGAAGGGUACGCUCAGCUUACCGAUAUUGGUGUGCGACGGCAAGAAGAAAAACCCAGCGGGAGCGGCGAUCCUUCAGGACCCAUCCAGACAAUCUAACUACCACGACGAUCUCUACGAGCAGAGAUUCAACACUGCGACGAGUACGAAGACUGAUCUUGUGCGCGCCGAUGGCAUACCCCGUGAACCACCGAUGAACGCCGGCUUCGUCCCGAGGACGCUCGUCUACGAGGCCAACAAGCUACCCGGCAAGCGGAAUCAGAUCUCAGUGGGACGGCGCUCGGCCGACGUGCAGGCCGAAUCUCCGGGACACCAGGCUCAAGCGUCUGCCGCGUCCUCGGCGGCAUCAGCGGCCGGCGCCAGCAUCGCCUCGCAGUUCAUGCUGAGAUCCAUCAGGGGCAGCAUACAGUAUGACGUGCCGCAAAUCGAAUGUCCUGUCUCCGAGGACGGAAUGGAAAGAUUCGCUUGUCCAACCGCGGAUAGAAUGGGUAGAUAUCAUUGCAUCGACGAUCAUGUCCUGUGCGACGGCUUUAUCGACUGUCCUACAGGCGAGGACGAGGACAGGCAAGCCUGCAUGUUUUACAAAACCACGAAAGCGCAUUUGGACGUAUUAGCGGACGCCAUACUACGAUGGGCGAGAGGGCGCUAAUUCCUUUGUUGACGAAGAGAACCUCCAAUCUGUACAUAAAAUCACAAGUCUGAUACGUCUACUUCUUUAUAUAUAUUCAUCGAUAUUCUUUUCUCCUACAUUAUAUCUAUUUUCCGGAAGCUGUUUUUCCUCUAUGCUUGGCGCAUAGAGACGUUCAUAUUGAAAUCAAACUCAGGGGAAUGUUAAGACGAACUGUUUCUCUCUUUCCCACUUUUCUUCCCUCCAUCCUCAUUCCUCGUCCUCCUUCUAUCCUCUCUCUCUCUCUCUCUGAUCUUUUCCUCUAUCCUCCUCCUUUCCCCUCCUUCUUUUCCUCACUCCCUCCCCCCUCUCUCUCUUCCCCAAAAAUGAAUAUGACCGCUCGAUUUAACCUCCGAGGGGACACGGCAUGGUUCUAACUACACUACUAAAAAAAAAAAACAAAAAAAAUCGGUUAGCAAGGUCUAUCGUAACCAAGAUAUCCUCACAUAAAGUACAAAUUAAGGUGUCCGAAACUUUUAGGAUGUUACAAAUAAAAGUUCGUAAGAGUUACGGCAUUUUAAACGCCGCCCAGUUACGGCGCGCGAGAGUAUCCGACUUGGAUGAUUUCAGUUCUACAAGUACCUAUUACUGCUAUACCACACAGAUGAUGAUGAUGAUGAUGAUGAUGAUAAUGUAUUACGAUUUCAUAUUGAGAGCGAUUUCCGCGAGAUCGUACUAAUCGUACUUCUCUAACGACUUUAUUUUGGUACAAUAAAGUAAUUUUGAAGACUGAGAAACUACUUUACUUCAUUCCCAGAAAGAAAAGGUGAAAACAACGCGGCUUCUCUUCUCACUGUCGUCGAUUCAGGGACGAAUACGAUAUCGUGUGUUGUUAUAUAGCGAGGAACAACCUAUCACUCCGAGCAUACGCGUACGUAGACUUCCUCCUAGAGUACUUCCCGAGAGAAUGUAACGUGAAGACAAAGAAUUAUACUCGAAUUUAAUCAAAUAAUCGCUCGUUGGAAACGACCUCGGAUGCGUCGAGCGUACGUAAUUAGUAAGACGCCUACGUCGAGAUCCUGGGCGAUACUAAGAGUCGAGUACCGUCACGAGACUAAAGAUGGGCGAUACAGUAUCGAUAUUUCAUAUAUAUAUCGAUAUUUUGAUGCCAAAAUAUUGGUAUUUUGUAUCGCUUAUUUUACUGUUCGAUAUUUCUCCGUAUCGAUACGCGACUUUUAAAUAUCAGAUUUCGAUACGGCAAUGUUAAUCGCUCGUGGUAGCGAUUAUUUUUUUCGACUUGACUAUUAGAAAUGGGCGAUACAGUAUCGAUACUUUAUGUAUCUUUAUUCCGAUACCAAAACAUUGGCAUUUCGGUAUCACUAUUUUGCCGUUCAAUAUUUCUCCGUAUCGAUACGCGAUUUUUGAAUAUCGAACUUCGAUAUGCGGCUAUGUUGAUCACCCGUGACAACGUUUAUUUUUUCGCCUUGACUGUUCCUCAAUUGUCCACCUAAAAGCUUUAGCAAUUAAGUGUCAGUAAUUAAUUGCGACGUCAGUUCUUUCUUAAAGUCUGUUUUCUAAAGGAGGUAAAAUAAUGACCGAAAAACAAAAUAGGUUGAUGAGUGAUCUCUGAAUCAGUUUUUGUUUUUACAAUUACUCGAUCUCAGCGACCGACAUUUAUAAAUACUUGAUUUGGCAUUCCGAGCUGACGUCAUGUCCAUCAUAGAUUUGUUUCCGACGUUCCGUGAAUAUUUCAGUUUACUUCUUCACGAUGAGGUGCGACCCGAGACCGAGUAAUUAUAAAUUAUUAUUAUACUUUAUAAUAUACGAAAUAUCAUUUAUUUUACAAGUAAAUACAAAUUUUACUCAAAAUGUGUAUUAUUUUCAUUUAGAAAAUGUUAACGUAAUUAUAUAAACAUUGCUAUAAAUAUAUGUCAUUCACAUAGUUACAUUCAUAUGACACAUAUAGUAUAUUUUUAAUCAGGAUUGGAAAGUAAUUCGUUAUUUGUAAUACCAUUACUGUUAUAAUCCGGUAGAUACGUUUAAUUGCAGCUAUUAACUUCAACUACAAUAAUAAGUUUAUAUUCCGACGUAACUAUUAUGUACAUAUUUCAACAUUGCAAUAUGUACAUGUGCUAUACUGAAAUUACAUCGUUGAAUACGAAAUUAUAAUCGAUAAUAUCGAUGUAAAAUUAUUUUUACAUUUGAAGUUACAUAGCUGCAAUUGAACGUGUCGACCGGGAAAUUAUUUUCUUCAGUAACUGCUUAAUGACAACAUUAUUCUUUAAAGGUAGCUUUCCCAACUUUUCUUUUAACAUUUAUAUAUAACUCAAGUAUCGAUAUCGACGGUAUCAAUAUCCGAUACAUUAUGUAUAUCGAUACUUUCAUCCAUGAUACGUAUCGAUAUAUUCGUGUUGUAUCGCCCAUCUCUACGCGAGACGAUAUCUCCUCCGCCUUGUGCACGCUCUAUGUUGUAUCGAUAUAUCUCUCUAAUAUUCAUUUCGAAUUUAUGGAGCAAAAUUUCCCGAAUGAAAAAAAAAGAUGAAAAAAUAAAAAAAAACCGAACGAAUGCUUUCAGCAAGAGUGAGUUACGAAAAUAAUUAAUUAAUUAUUAGAAUAAUUAAUUAAUUGCACCUUAUCUCUCGAGUAAGGUGACACAGGUGAAUCUAUCGAAAGAGCAAUUCGCUGUCGUACCUUUUUUGCGUUCUGCGGCAUUUAUUUAUUACGAGCCUUAAUCACACUUCUUCGAAGAAUUUUUGAAUAUAUAUGUAACAAUCAACUAUUGCUGCGAGAGUGAACAGAAAUGAAUUUCUCCUAUGUUAAACUUCGACAUUUGAUGUUUGAAAAUUAUGACUUAGCGCGGUCAUAAUUUGAUUUAA